GAGUCAGCGACGGGGAGGUGGGUGUCACCGCUGGACGUCGUUAUCGUCUGAGGGUAACCUGAAGUUAACGAGGAAGCUGCGAGUAAAGACACGAACAACUUCUUUCUUGUAGUUUCUUCUCUCUCUCUUUUUUUUUCACCCACUUUUGUUGUCAAAUAGAAGAAAGUCAACAUGUGUUCGGUGGACUUGGAAAAGCUGAAGAUGACGUGCGGUGGUCGGGCCAUGGCAGUGCUGACCAGCGGCGGAGAUGCACAAGGGAUGAACGCUGCCGUCCGAGCUGUGACCAGAAUGGGCAUUUACGUGGGGGCCAAGGUCUAUCUUAUCCACGAGGGAUACCAGGGCUUGGUGGAUGGAGGAGACAACAUCAAACUGGCCCACUGGCACAGUGUGACCAACAUCAUCCAGCUGGGUGGGACUGUAAUAGGUAGUGCCCGCUGCAAGGCCUUCACAACUCGUGAAGGGAGGCUUGCUGCCGCCUUCAACCUGGUGCAGAAAGGAAUCACCAACCUGUGCGUGUGUGGCGGAGACGGCAGCCUCACCGGAGCCAACAUCUUCCGCUCUGAGUGGAGCAGUCUGCUGGAGGAACUCGUACAGAAAGGAAGGAUCACAGACACUCUGGCCAAGCAGCACACUCACCUGAACAUCGUGGGGCUCGUGGGAUCCAUUGACAACGACUUCUGUGGCACUGAUAUGACCAUUGGAGCCGACUCUGCUCUGCACCGCAUCAUGGAGAUAAUUGACGCCAUCAUGACAACUGCACAGAGCCACCAGCGCACUUUUGUUCUGGAAGUCAUGGGCCGACACUGUGGGUAUCUGGCCUUAGUCUCAGCGCUGGCAUCUGGAGCAGACUGGCUCUUUAUUCCUGAAGCUCCUCCUCAGGAGGGCUGGGAGGACCGCAUGUGUGCCCGACUAGAGUCGAGCCGCAUAAACGGGUCAAGACUCAACAUUAUAAUCAUUGCAGAAGGAGCCAUUGACAGAAAUGGCAAGCCCAUCUCCUCAACUUAUGUUAAAGAUUUGGUGAUAAAGCGGUUGAAUUAUGACACCAGAGUGACUGUACUCGGCCAUGUUCAGCGAGGAGGAACGCCCUCAGCGUUUGACAGAAUUCUGAGCAGUAAGUUGGGUGUGGAGGCAGUAAUUGCCCUGAUGGAGGCGUCUCCUGACACCCCAGCCUGUGUCAUCGGGCUGUCAGGAAACCAUGUAGUCCGCCUGCCUCUGAUGGAGUGUGUGGAGAUGACUAAGCUGGUUCAGAGCGCCAUGAAUGAGAAAAGAUUUGACGAGGCUGUCAAACUGCGAGGAGGGAGCUUUGAGAACAACUGGAACAUCUACAAGCUUCUUGCCUUCCAAAAGCCUGCCAAGACUCAGAGCAAUUUCACUGUGGCUAUUCUGAACGUGGGAGCUCCAGCUGCAGGCAUGAAUGCUGCCGUGAGGUCAGCUGUGAGGGUAGCACUGGCUCACGGACACAAGGUCUACGGCGUCCACGAUGGCUUUCUAGGCCUCUCCAACGGAGCGGUGUUUGAAAUGAAAUGGCACACCGUGGCUGGAUGGACGGGACAAGGGAGCUCACUGCUGGGGACAAAACGAACUCUCCCCGGCAAACUUCUGGAGAAGAUUGUGGAAAACAUCACCAAGUUGAACAUCUCGGCUCUGCUUGUAAUCGGAGGGUUUGAGGCGUACCGAGGCGUGCUGGAGCUGUUUGAAGCCCGGGAUCACUAUGAUGAGCUCUGCAUCCCCAUGUGUGUUAUCCCCGCUACCAUCAGCAACAACGUCCCCGGAACUGACUUCAGCCUGGGAGCCGACACCGCUGUCAACGCUGCCAUGGAGGGUUGCGACAAGAUCAAGCAGUCUGCCAGUGGGACCAAGAGACGAGUGUUUGUGGUGGAGACUAUGGGGGGAUACUGCGGCUAUCUGGCAACCUCCACCGGUAUAGCUGUGGGUGCUGAUGCGGCCUACAUCUUUGAAGACCCCAUCAACAUCCACGACCUCAAAACCAAUGUGGAGCAUUUAGCUGAGAAGAUGAAGAAGGACAUCCAGCGGGGACUGGUACUCAGGAAUGAAAAAUGCCAUGAAAACUACACUACGGAUUUCAUCCACAGGCUGUACUCAUCAGAGGGGAAGGGCAUCUUUGACUGCAGAGUCAAUGUGUUGGGACACCUCCAGCAGGGAGGGGCACCUUCUCCUUUUGAUAGAAAUUAUGGCACUAAGUUGGGUGUGAGGGCUAUCCAGUGGAUUUCAGAGAGACUGACUGAACACUUCCGACAAGGUCGUGUGUUUGCCAACUCGCCAGAAACAGCUAGCGUGCUCACCCUCAAGAGGAAGGUCAUCUCAUUCGUCCCCGUCACUGAACUGAAGGAACAGACUGAUUUUGAGCACCGCAUGCCCAAGGUCCAGUGGUGGUAUGAUCUGCGGACUAUGCUGAGAAUGUUGGCCAAGUACCAAACCAGCUUCUGUGACUAUGUCCCAGGAGAGAUUGCACAUGUGACUCGACGCUCCAUCAGCGUUGAUGCCGGAUUCUAGGCUCUCAGAUGACAGUUUGCCCUCCACUUUUCAACCCUUAUCUCUCCAUCCUUUGUCCUGCACACCUGCACUCACAGCUUCUGGUGCAGAUUACCUUUACUCCAACCCAACCCCUCCUCCUAACAUAGUUUGCUUUGGUUUGUUUGUCUCUGAGAAUCAAAGUGUCAGGUGAGCGGUUAGGUGCACACCAUGCGGCCUCAAAUGUCCUGAGCAGCAGGCCCCUGGUUUGAUUGCAUGUCUGCAUGUUAUUUUAAGAGAGAAAUUUAAGCUCAUAAUCUGAAUACCAGCAGUGAUCUCAGUCUGUCGUCAGUGUUGUAGAAGCUAAAGUACAUUAAGUCAUGUAAAAGUGCAUUUCAAGUAUUCAUUUAUUAAACAGAACAUUUUUACAACCUCAUGCCAAGGUGUAGGUGAGGCUUUUAUAAGACUUUGUAUAAACAAGCAACCAGGUGUGCAAUUAAACUGAAAGUUUUAUAGUAUAACUACUGAAUAUAUAUAUAAUGCAACAGACAGUAUGCAGUUUGGUAUGAAAUCACAUACACAGAAAUUCUGAGCCACAAAUAAUACGAUCAGUAGCCUUGAUAAGAGAAGGUUCCUGCUCAUGCUUCUUGCUGGUCAAGUUUCAUUAGUUAAAAAUGAGAACAACUAAUUUGGUUGGUUUGAAACACUCAUCUGAUAUGUAUUAAACACUCUUAAUGUCAGGAUGUGACUCAGAAUCAUGGGACCAGAGAUGUUUUUUGUGUUUUUUUUAAGUGUUGGACUGAAACUCUGCUUCUGCCAUGAAGUAAACUAAACAGAAAAUCCUAAAACAUUAAUACUGUUUGUUACACUGUGUAAAAAAAAACUGAAUAAACUUCUCAACUACUGAA